AUGGCGACCAACGCUGCCCCCGCCGCUGGCGAGAAGAAGAAGUUCGAGUGGCUUGUCGUCAUCCCCGACUUCCCCGGUGCGCAGCAGAAGAGGCUGGAUGUUCGUCCGGAGCACUUCGCCAACCUCCGCCCGUUCAGGGAGUCGGGGGUGUACCAGAUGGGCGGCGCCAUCCUCAACGAGGUGCCCACAUCCGCCGACCCGUCCACCUUCUCCUUCGCCGGCAGCACGAUAGUCAUGCUGGCCUCCAGCCGCGAGGAGAUCAAGGAGGUGCUGAGACAGGACGUGUACGGCAAGAGCGGCGUGUGGGACGUGGAGAAUGCUCAGAUGUGGCCACUUCUGUGCGCCUUCCGCACUCUGAAGGAGUAA